AUGUCACAAAAAGGCACACCAAAUCACAAGGCUCUUGGCCGAUCUUCAGGGUCCCUGAAUGCACCCAUCGCAGCUUUCACUAUGGCCAUUCUCCUUUGCACGUACUGCUUUAGCUCGAUCCGUACCGCAAGGCAGGAUGCUCAGGUUCAGUCGCCGGUUACAUCGCAGCAGCGGGGAUCACGGGUAGACAAGGAUGCAUCGUGGGUUCAACAGGCUCUUGAGGAGAGUCGAGCUGAGAAGGAUGGGAAGAGGGGAAAGUCUGAUGGGUGA